AUGCCGGACCUUGGCAAGAAGCUUCCCGGGCGGCCAUUACAGCCAAGAACAGCCUCGAACACACUCCGACUCUUUAUUUCAUUCCUUGUAUUUUAUAUUCUCCUUAUCUUCUACGCACGUGCGCGAUGCUUUCGCGACCCGGGCUCAGCAUUCUUCGACCCUUGGACCGCAUACGAUCUCUCUUAUUCAUCUGUGAGAAUCGGCCAGGGAGAUUCAUAUAUUGAAUCAUUUAACAAUGAGACUACCGCAAAUACAAAGUCUUCAUCUGAGCCUGACCUGUGUAUCGGGAUCGCAUCGGUCGCCAGACAUGGUGUUGGCUAUUUCCAGAGCACAGUCGGUACGGUUUUGGAGGGACUAAGCAACACCGAACGUGCCGAUAUCCAUUUGAUUCUCUUCAUUGCGCAUACCGAUCCGUCGGAGCAUCCAUCCUACGAGGAACCUUGGCUUCAUGAGCUGGCAGACCAGGUACUGCUGUACGAUCCCGCGGAGGUUGACAUCGAUCACGUUCGAUCGCUCGAGACAGAUGCGGCAAGAGCUUUUGGGCGUGAGAAGGGUCUUUUUGAUUAUACAUAUCUUCUGAAGGCAUGCGAAGCAGUGAAUGCUCCGUAUACCAUGAUCCUCGAGGACGAUGUCGUGGCUAUGGAUGGCUGGUAUCACCGAACCAUCGGUGCUUUGGCAUCAGCUGAACAGCAGACCAGGGCCUUGGGUGCAUCAAAAUGGCUGUAUCUCCGCCUCUUCUAUACGGAGGAAUUCUUCGGCUGGAACUCCGAAGACUGGCCGAUCUUCCUCUCUUACUCAAUCCUCGCGGUCUGUUUAGUUGCAUGUGCUUGCUUAGGCGCUCGACAAUGUCAGCAUCGCCUCCACUCCCGACUCUCAACUGGGGCCAUUUUUAUGUUCAGCGGCAUCUGCACGCCUCUCCUGAUCGGGUUAUUCUUUGCUGCUGGUCGUGUAUCAAUGGUUCCUAUCCAGCAAGGUGUACACCAGAUGCCUCGCUUUGGCUGCUGCUCGCAGGCUUUCGUCUUUCCGCGUUCAAGGGUCCCGGAUCUCGUUGAUUUGUAUCAGUCAAAGCACAUCGGGUAUGUGGAUACAAUUACGGAGGAGUUUGCCGGUGCAAAAAAUGAGAUCCGCUGGGCGGUGACUCCUAUUAUCAUGCAGCAUGCAGGGCGGAGAAGCUCAAAGGGUGUGAACAAGGACACCAACACCCGGCUGAGACAUAAGAAGAAAGGCGAACUGUCGGAGGUAGAAAAGCUGUGGAAUUUCGGAUUCGAGCUGAACGAUGCGGAUGCAUUGCGUUCAGAGCAUAAAUUCUUCAGUGGCGAAUCGGUUUAA